GUGUGUGGUGUGUGUGUGUGUGUGAACUGAGCAGAGGUGAAGAAGAGGAGGAUGAAGCUGGGAACGGAGGAUGGGAGGAAGAGUGGAAUAAGCGACAGGCUAGCUAUCAAGGGCUGUGUAUGCAUGCCUGCAAGUGUGAAUGCGUGAGUGAGGAAGAGGGAGGUGGUUAUCGGACUGAAACAAAGACGCAUUUUGGAACCCCGAAACAUUAACGGAAACUUUAAACUUUUACCAGCCAGAGCUUGGCAACUGUGCCGGGUCCCGGCUUUGUUUCGAGGCAGGGGAGGUUUACAAUAAAUGUAGGGAUAAAAUAGCCCCAGAUCGAAUUUUUUUUACGCAAGAGGGGAAUCCCUUGGAUAGUGUUUGUUGGGGGUAACGAGAGAAUGGCGGCCAACAUGUACCGAGUGGGAGAUUACGUGUACUUUGAGAAUUCCUCCAGCAACCCUUACCUGAUCCGCAGAAUAGAAGAGCUCAACAAGACGGCCAAUGGGAACGUGGAAGCCAAGGUGGUGUGUCUGUUUCGGAGGAGGGACAUCUCGGGCAACCUCAACACUCUGGCCGACAGCAACGCAAGAGACUUUGAGGAGGAGUCCAAGCAGCCCACAGUGUCUGAACAGCAGAAACACCAGCUGAAACACAGAGAACUCUUCCUCUCUCGGCAGUUUGAGUCUUUACCAGCCACUCACAUAAGGGGGAAAUGUAACGUUACACUCCUCAACGAAACAGACGUCCUCGCCGGGUACCUGGAGAAAGAGGAGUGUUUCUUCUACUCGCUGGUGUUUGACCCGGUCCAGAAGACCCUGCUGGCGGACCAAGGAGAGAUUCGGGUGGGCUCCAAGUACCAGGCCGAGAUCCCCGACAAGUUAGCCGAAGGUGAAGAAGACACCCGUAUUCAGGAGAAGCUGGAGGUCAAGGUGUGGCACCCCGACAACCAGCUCAAAGACCCACAGAUCGACCAGUUUCUGGUGGUGGCUCGUGCUGUGGGGACGUUUGCCCGAGCCCUGGACUGCAGCAGCUCUAUCCGUCAACCCAGCCUGCAUAUGAGUGCUGCGGCCGCCUCCCGAGACAUCACGCUGUUCCAUGCGAUGGAUACCCUGCAGAAAAACGACUACGACCUGGCCAAGGCCAUGUCCACGCUGGUGCCUCAGGGCGGGCCCGUGCUCUGCCGUGACGAGAUGGAGGAGUGGAGCGCCUCGGAGGCCAUGCUGUUCGAAGAGGCCCUGGAGAAAUAUGGCAAGGACUUCAACGACAUCCGCCAGGACUUUUUGCCAUGGAAGUCACUAGCCAGCGUGGUUCAGUUCUACUACAUGUGGAAAACCACCGACCGCUACAUUCAACAAAAACGACUCAAGGCAGCGGAAGCAGACAGCAAGCUGAAGCAGGUUUACAUCCCCACCUACACCAAGCCCAACCCCAACCAGAUCAUGGCUCCUGGUAACAAGCCUGGCAUGAACGGGGCCGCUGGCUUCCAGAAAGGACUGAGCUGUGAGAGUUGCCGUAACCUCCCCUCUGUUGCAGCCGCCCAGUCAGCACAGUGGUACGCGUGGGGUCCUCCCAACAUGCAGUGCAGACUGUGUGCAUCCUGCUGGAUCUACUGGAAGAAGUACGGAGGCCUGAAGACCCCCACACAGCUAGAGGGGGCCGCAAGAUCUGGCUCAGAGUCAACCCCCCGAGGUCACAUGACCCGCCAGGAAGUGCAGGGCCUGUCACCGUUCACGACUAGUGGGGGGCGGGCCAAGCUGCUGGCCAAAAACCGGCAGACGUUCAUCCUGCAGACCACCAAGCUGACGCGCAUCGCCCGCCGUGUCUGCACUGACAUCCUGCAGCCCCGCAGCGCCGCACGCCGCCCCUACGCCUCCAUCAACGCCAAUGCCGUCAAGGCCGAGUGUAUGAUAAGGCUGCCUAAAGCGACCAAGGCCCCUAUAAAGAACUGCUCGAUCCCUCGGCCACCGCUGGCCACCAUAGUGAAGGAACUGGCCAUCCAGGCUCCACUCAAGCUGAAGGCCCCCAGAGGCACCCCCACCCCCAUCAACCGCAACCAGGCCAACCAGCCCCGCGGGGGAUCGGCCCUGCUUGGGAAGAGGCCCUUUGACAGCAGCGCGUUGGCACUGCCGUUCCCCACCAAUGGGAGGCCGUUCACAUCAGGCAUGAGGACCACCUCUCAGUCAGUGAUCAAGCGUCAGAAAGUGAACCAAGGAGACGCGCCAAACCCUGUGGUUUUUGUUGCUACUAAAUACACCAGGGCUCUGAGGAAACACCUGACCCAGUCUGAGAUGCGACGGGCAGCCAGGAAACCACACCUCCCCGUCAGGGUCAAGCUGCCCCUGCCUCCCCGGCCCCUGGCUUUAGCCAUUCUGCCCUCCAGCACCAGCGAGCCCAUCGUCCUGGAGGACUAACCCCCCACCCCACUGCGAAACAGGGAGGGCGCACCACCGCGCACCAACCUGCUAGUGUAGCAGCACAACCCCAUACCAGUAGUUGUUUUCUCUCGUCGUAUUUUUUAAAUCUCGUCUUCUGUUCUGUUACCUCCCAAAAGCUGACGUGCUGCUCCCCACACACACACACACACACACACACGAGUGACACCCACAUGUAUGCAUUACAUCUAGUACAUGGCAUCAAUUCUUUACACACACACUACGCAUACACUGAGUGUACAAAACAUUAGGAACACCCCCUUUUGCCCUCAGGAAUGCCUCAAACCCAGCAGCGUUGCAGUUCUCGACCCACGCAAACCAGUGCACCUGGCACCUACUACAAUACCCUGUUCAAAGGCACUUAAAUAUUUUGUUUUGCCCAUUCGUCCUCUGAAUGGCAUACAUACACUAUCCAUGUCUCAAUUGUCUCAAGGCUUAGAAAUCCUCCCCUUCAUCUACACUGAUUGAAGUGGAUUUAACAAGUGACAUCAAUAAGGUAUCAAAGCUUUCACCUGGUCCGUCUAUGUCAGGGGUGGGCAACUCCAGUCCUCGGGGCCUGAUUGCCUCCCCUGGUCUAUGUCAUGGAAAGAGCAGGUGUUUGUAAUGUUUUGUACACUGAGUGUAUACACAGACACAACACCCCCCACAUACACACACUAGGCUUUGGGCUUUACUAUUUUAUUCUGGCUCUUUUUGCUUAAUUAUUUUUGCUCCCCUUUUUUAAUGGUAAAUCAUUUUAACUGUGUAAUUUAAAAUCAGAAAUAUUUCUCAUCCUGAAAUAAUGGUGAUUUAAAAGCACACUUUAUUUUUUCCCCUCCAGGUCCUUUAUCUGUGUAAAUAUUAGCAGCAUUUUGAGGGGUUGACACCUAAUUGUUUGGGGACUGGUAGGGGCGUGGUUGUGGGAGGGCCAUGGAAAUAGAAAUACUAGAACCACAGCAAUUUGACUAAAUGUCUGUUCUAGUUAUUCAUAUUCUAUAGGGAGGGCUAUGUGGGGCAGUUUUUUAGCAUGUUUAUGGGAAAGUCUAUUUUGACCAAGGUUUCAUCAUAGGUCUGGGAGGUUGCAGUAAAGUGCUUUGUGUGACCCAUCCUUCAAGGAUACUUGUCAGAUUCUACGUUAGACACCCGUCUUCUCUUACGCCAUCACAUCAGGCCCCACCCCCUCUCCACACCUAAAUUAGACCUGAUCCUGCCCCCUGUCUCUCCACAAUCACAUCAGGCCCCACCCCCUCUCCACACCUAAAUUAGACCUGAUCCUGCCCCCUGUCUCUCCACAAUCCUAUCAGAAGUUACGUAUGAGGGUUUGAUGGUGAGGAAAUCAAUUCUGUUGAACCCCCUCCCCCCCCGGGUAUUUUUAACAUUAGCAGCUUUGCACCCAACUCCCUCCCAUAACCUCUAGGUGUUGAGCUCUGUUUUUCUACUUAAUUGUCGUCACAAUCAAUUUGAGUCCUGUCUUGUUUACCAUCACUUGAUUGACACACUUUUUACAGAUGUUUAUUUACCCAUCUGGAGAGAGACAGUCGGGAUCCUUCUCUGUUAAUGCAUUUUGGUUUUGACUGAGAAAGACCGCUUGGGUUGCCUGGCUACCCGGCCACAUCGUUCCCACUAACUGACGUUCCUUCUCCACGAUGAGUCUGGAUUUGCCUGCCUCCCCCGACAAUUUCUAGAACGCAAACACAUUCUGACCGUUCUGAUUGGUCCCUGAAACCUAUGGGUUGGGCCAGAGCCUGCCUACAUGCUGACGUUAUCAACUUUGACACACUGAUUGGUUAGACUAUCCAAUCACUGAUGGAUUUAGUUUUGUUCAACGCCCCUCAUUUUGAAGUCAAACGAGCAACGUCUAGGAUGGCAGUUUGAGACUGAAUGAAUGUAGUGACUGAUAGAGCAGAGGAAUUAAAUUCAGGAUGAGUCGUCAGGCAACCGCUUGAGUACAGCGGUCUUGUCUCUUCAAUACUAUGGUAGGCGAGAGGGAAAAGUAAGGGUUUAGGAAAUGAUGAUGUAGGUUAACAAGGUAGAUGAGAUUCAUAUUGUGUAGGUUUGGAAGAUAUUCAAACAGGUGGUUCUGGAUGUGGAUCUGAUUGUUUGGGACAUGCAAAAUAGAUACUGUUCUCUUUGAGGUCCUUAUUGGGAGAAAUAUGGGUUUGUUUUAGUGGAGUCAGAAUUGAGCCAUAAAAAAAGAAAACAUUCUAGGUGUAAAACUCCAUUCUUAGACAGCCCCUGUUCAUUUUGUCACCUGUACCAAUAAAUCAUAUGCCUUCAGCUCCCCCAAACAGACUAGGCCACCGCAAUUAUGACAAUGGACUGUUUGGAUCUUGGGUUUGAAUGAAACUGGCAAAUUAUGUUACGAGCUGGUUGUUGUCAGAUACUGUUGUUACUAAAGCAGCUAUAUGUAUUGGCUUGGGUGCUGGAGUCAUGUCUUUGUUGGGAGUGGAAUCUCCAGUGAUGUCUCAACUUGUGGGUUGAUUUGGUUUGAAUCUUUAUUUUCCCUUUUUGUGUUUAUUAUGAAGAAAGGGUGCGUUUAGAUUAAAUUAAUUCUUAAUUGGAUAUUAUAAUUCCUCUUUCUCUUCCAGGCUCUGUGUACAAUGGCAGCCAGUAUGGGGGUAGAAAUGACAGAUGUAUAAGCAAGUUUGGUCCCAAUGUGGGCUUUUGUAAUGUUUCUAAAACAAUUUGAAGUGUUAAAAUACUAAUCUGAAGAAGAAAAUAAAAACUUGGCUGAUUGAAAAGUUGUUUUUUUAUAUGAAGUCUUUGGGGAAGAAGGCUUGUAAUUACUCCAUAUUGUGGAGAGGGUUAAAAUACUGUACAUGUGAACAUUGCUCUCCAUUGGGUGGGUUUGGAGGAGGGGGGAGGGAGGGAGGGAGGGAAGGAGGGGGGGCGCAAAUCAGAGCUGGUGGGAGGGAUGUAGAGGGGGUUAGAAUUUUGUAUGUUGGAGAGAGAAUUAUGCUACAAUUAAUGGUUUUUCUCAAGUGUUUUUUAUUCCAAUGUCUCUGUAUCCUUUUAAUGUAUCUUGAUAAGAAAAUAAAGAUUUUUUUUUCUUUGUGGUCCUAUA